GCAGAGCAAGCGUCUUAAAGCCCCGCUCCAAGUGACCGUUGCUCCCCUGCUCUCCGCUCCCAUUCUCUCUCCUCUCUCCUCUCCCCACCCCGAUCCACGCCGGAGGAGAUCCAGCCUACCUGCAACGCGGGGGAGAGGCGGCCGGCGGUGACGGACAGGUGGGGAUCGAUCGAUCACAAGGAAUUCAAUUCAAGAUCAAUGGCGGCGACGGAGGCGAAGCCGCGGCUGAACGUGCCGGCGGCGAUGGCGGGGGCGCUGCGGCUGGACCCGUCCGGCACCGCCUCCCCGUCCCGCUCCGCCUCCUCGUCGUCCUCCCGCCUCCUCGAGAUCCCCAAGACGCCGUCCCCGUCCAAGACCACCUACAGCGACCGCUUCAUCCCCUGCCGCUCCUCCUCCCGCCUCCACAACUUCGCCCUCAUCGACCCCCCUUCCUCCCCCGCCGCCGCCCCCGACACCCCUUACUCCCGCCUCCUCCGCGCCGAGCUCUUCCCGGACUCCACCCCGACUUCUGACGCCGCCGCUGCUGGCCCGGACUCGCCCAACACCAACCUCUUCCGCUUCAAGACCGACCGCCCCGCGCCCGCCUCCCCCUUCGCCGCUGCCGCGUCCCACCUCGAUUGCGUCGCGGGCUCCGGCGACUCCUCCGCGUCCAAGAAGCUGCCCCGGAAGGUGCCCAAGACGCCUCACAAGGUGCUGGACGCGCCAUCUCUGCAGGACGACUUCUACCUCAACCUCGUCGACUGGUCGUCCCAGAACAUGCUCGCCGUCGGUCUCGGCACCUGCGUCUACCUCUGGUCCGCCUCCAGCAGCAAGGUGACCAAGCUGUGCGAUCUGGGGCCGAGGGACACCGUCUGCGCCGUGCACUGGACACGCGAAGGCUCCUACCUCGCCGUCGGCACAGGCCAUGGAGACGUUCAGAUUUGGGAUAGCUCUCGUUGUAAGCGGAUUCGGAACAUGGGAGGCCACCAAGCAAGGGCUAGCGUAUUAGCGUGGAACUCGACCAUCUUGUCCUCUGGUAGCAGGGACAAGAGCAUAUUGCAGCAUGAUAUCCGUGUCCCCAAUGACUACAUCAGCAAAUUUUCUGGCCACAGAUCAGAGGUCUGUGGACUGAAAUGGUCGCAUGAUGACCGUGAGCUUGCAUCUGGUGGAAAUGACAACCAGCUUCUUGUAUGGAACCAACGGUCGCAGCAGCCGGUGUUGAGGCUGACAGAACAUACCGCUGCGGUUAAAGCCAUAGCCUGGUCACCACACCAGCAUGGCCUCGUGGCAUCAGGAGGUGGAACGGCUGAUAGAUGCAUCAAGUUCUGGAAUACAGCUAAUGGGAAUAUGCUGAAUUCAGUUGACACAGGCAGCCAGGUCUGCAAUCUUGCCUGGUGUAAAAAUGUAAAUGAGCUUGUGAGCACCCAUGGGUAUUCCCAAAACCAAAUAAUGGUGUGGAAGUAUCCAUCAAUGUCAAAGGUCGCAACUCUGACUGGACAUACAUUGCGUGUGCUUUACCUUGCAAUGUCACCGGAUGGGCAGACAAUAGUAACAGGAGCUGGCGACGAAACCCUCAGGUUUUGGAACAUUUUCCCUUCAAUGAAGACGCAGGCUCCUGUUCGUGAUCCUGGGCUCUGGUCAUUCUCAAGGAGCCACAUCCGAUGACAACAUAUACAUCCGGGCCAAACAUAUACCCGCCAUUUGUGCAGUUUCUUGAGUGACUUGUGUAAAUUGUGCGGCCUAAUUUAUUCCAUUGCCCAUUAACUUAACCGAUUCUUUGUAGUAGAAAUUCAUAGCUCUGAAUAAUGUAUCCGAUUCGGUUGACAUGAGACAUUAUAGAGAAACCCAGGGCACGGGAAUGUAUUCUACUUUAGAGGAAACUUCUGAGGCCAUUAUAGAGAAACUUGUUGCUUGUAGUUGUACUCAGUACUCAGUACUCAGUACUCAGUACUCAGAGACCUCAGUACUCAGUACUCAGAGGCCAUUAUAGAGAAACUUCUGUGGCCAUGUUUAUGAUUACCUGUUCAGUUAAUUGCCAGCACAUAUUCUUCU